AUUUUAGAAUACCGCGAUGUAUGAGCGCCUUAAUGAUGGCUGUUUAUGAGAAACUAGACUUAUGUUUACGAUAACUUAGUUGGACUUUUAUUCAUUGGAGCAUACUUACUGGAUAUAGGUCUUAUAAAAGCUUGAUUUUUUCGAGGAGAUGGCUGAUUUAGAAGCUGUGCUAGCGGAUGUCAGCUAUUUGAUGGCUAUGGAGAUGAGUAAAUCUACUCCAGCGGCUCGUGCGAGCAAAAGAAUUACAUUACCGGACCCCAGCAUUCGUGGUAUCAUGACCAAGUAUUUGGAAAAGAACAACCAAAUGACCUUCGAUAAAAUUUUCAACGAGAAGCUAGGUUACUUGUUGUUUCGGGAUUUCGUUCUCAAUGUAAGUGAAGAACCUGUUCCUCAGCUUACGUUUUACGAAAAUAUUAAAAAGUUUGAAAAGUUAGACACAGAUGAAGAGCGUAUUAAAUUUGGCCGGGAAAUAUAUGAUCAACACAUUAUGAAAGAACUUUUAUCUCAUAACCACAAAUUCUCUAAAUCAACUGUGGAUCAUGUCCAUGAACUACUCACUGUAUCUCAAAAGACUAAAAAGCUACCAGCAGAUACAUUUUCUUUGUAUGAAGAUGAAAUCCUACAGUCCCUUCGUGGUGAUGUAUUUGACAAUUUUCUUAGAAGUAAUAAAUUCACUCGAUUUUGUCAAUGGAAGGAUUUGGAGUUAAAUAUUAACUUAACCACAAACGAUUUUAGCGUACAUCGUAUUAUUGGCCGUGGUGGUUUUGGGGAGGUUUAUGGAUGCCGAAAAGCAGACACUGGUAAAAUGUAUGCUAUGAAAUGUCUGGACAAAAAAAGGAUCAAAAUGAAGGGGGGAGAGACUUUGGCCCUCAAUGAACGUGUCAUGCUUUCACUUGUUAGUACUGGAGAUGGUUGUCCUUUUAUAGUUUGUAUGACGUACGCCUUUCAGACCCCAGAAAAAUUAUGCUUUAUAUUAGAUUUAAUGAAUGGUGGUGAUUUACAUUAUCAUCUUACUCAGCAUAAUAUCUUCUCCGAAUCAGAAGUACGUUUUUAUGCAGCUGAAGUUAUAUUGGGUUUGGAGCAUAUGCAUAAUCGUUUCAUUGUAUAUCGCGAUUUGAAGCCUGCAAACAUACUUUUGGACGAAUAUGGUCAUGUUCGAAUCAGUGAUUUGGGAUUAGCCUGUGAUUUUUCACGUCGGAAACCUCAUGCCAGCGUUGGGACUCAUGGUUACAUGGCUCCUGAGGUAUUGUUAAAAGGUUGUCCAUAUGAUUCUUCAGCUGAUUGGUUUUCACUUGGAUGCAUGUUAUACAAGUUGUUAAGAGGUCAUAGUCCGUUCCGACAUCACAAGACAAAGGAUAAACAUGAGAUUGACAGGAUGACAAUGACCAUGAGUCUCGAUAUUCCAGAUGGUAUGUCCUGUGAAAUGCGGUCCCUGUUGGAAGGCUUGUUAGCACGUGACGUAUGCAAUCGCCUUGGAUGUAUGGGUCGUGGAUCUCUUGAAGUUCGAGAGCAUCCAUUUUUUAGAGGAAUUGAUUGGCAGCAGGUUUAUCUGCAAAAGUACCCACCACCUCUAAUUCCACCUCGGGGUGAAGUAAACGCUGCAGAUGCCUUUGACAUUGGCUCUUUUGAUGAGGAAGAUACUAAAGGUAUUAAGCUCACAGAAGCUGAUCAAGCAUUGUAUCAGAACUUUUCACUUGUUGUAUCCGAACGUUGGCAGUUAGAAAUAGCUGAAACUGUGUUUGAUUUUGUAAAUCAAGAAGCAGACAAAUUAGAUAAUAAAAAAGCUCGUGCACGACAACGUUCCACACAAACCGCUGAUGUUUCAAAUAGUGGCUUAUCUGGAGUUACUUCAAGUACUGGAAAUUUAUUAAACAUUGGAAAUGUAGGAAUUUCAAAUAGUGGAUCAGGUGGAAAUCUUUCUGACAAUAUGACUGUUGAUGGGAUAGCCUCUGACUGCAUUGUUGAAGGUGACGUUUUAAAACUCGGUGGACCAUUUUUGCAAACAUGGCAACGUAAACAUCUACGUUUGUUUCCCAACCGUAUUGAAUUAUACAACAAGUCUAGAGAUGGCUUAAUUCUCAAGAAAGGUGUUGAUCUUAUAUCAAUGCUUGAUAUCAAAGAAAUUUCUCCAGAGUUUUCUCGUGUGUGUAAAAUGGAUAAUUGUAUUUCAAUUAAACUGAAAAAUGAUACGCGAUUGUACAUAACUUCAAAUGACAAAAUCAUGAUUACACAGUGGAAAGAAGAAAUAUUAGAAGGCUAUCGCAUUUCUUGUGAAUUGAUGGCACAUAUGAACAAAAAAGCCCAUAAAAUGUAUGGUGUUCUUGAUCCUAUGUCAAACACAGACACUCAUCCUCCUCCUACUAUUAUAACAUCAUCUAUUUUAACUGUUACUACUAGCGGUUCUGUACAGCCUCUCACUUCUACAAGUCGUCCGUCACAGAUGUCACACUCACCUCCACAAAGUUCUACACAUCCUCGUCCUCGCCUAAGUCAUCAGGCAUCGAUGCCUUCCUAUCCACUCACAAAUCACAGAGGUCAAAGGUCAUCUUUAGAUUCAGUCACAGGUUCCAAGUCUGGUGAUCAAGCCGUUGAGACAGAUGUAAAUCAAGAUGUUAAUGCACCAGAUGGUGGUGUUGGUAGUCAUUUCAAUAAUAAGUCAUCUUAAAUAUUUACUGGUCAUUUUAAUUUGUGUGUAUUAUUCUUAGAGUAUAAUUAUUGUUUCGAACUUUGAUUCACUAACAGUCUUGAUCUUUAGAUUUUCGAUGCUAGUCAUUUAUCUACAGUUUAUGAAGAAAGAUUUGGAGGAUGGCAGCUUUCUAAUUGAAAAUCGCAUUCCAUUUAAGCUUCGAGAUGGUCGUUAUAAUCCCCGUGUGUUUAUAGUAAUUGUAUCAAAUUAUAUUGUAUGAGAUAGUUGUUCAACCUCCAUUUCUAAUGUCAUACUGUAUACAUUUUUUGUUCAUUCUUGCUUUUAAUUAGAAGCAUGAAAUUCCGUUUACUCUGUUUGUAAUUAAGUUUAGAACAGUCCCAUUUCUGAUGAUAAUAUAAACCUGAAUUUUAUGGUUCUAUCAUGGUAAGAAAAUAUUAUGCUCAUUUAUUUUGUGUAUAAAGUUAUUGUGUAUUACACUGUGUUAUGUCUACUUUUCUGAACAAUCUUGUUUAUUUAUAUUAUUAGUCGUUUUUAAUUAGUUUUGAGAUUCAUAGAAUCUGAUUAUUCAUUAUUCCCUCGAUUUGCCCUUCAUAUUCUUUGUGUGCAAUAUAUGUUUUAUUAGUUCGUUUUUUUCUAAUUUUUGUAAUUGUUUUUCCGUUUUAUUUCGUUGCAUUUUUAUCCGUUUGUUCUGAAUCUCAGUGACUGCGCCGAAAGUUUGUUUUCUCUCAGUCAAAUAGUGUUUUUACUGAAUUCGUUAAAUUGAAAUCUGGUUAAUAGACUGUUUUGUUUUUAAACUUCUUAUCAUUUCAGUGAUAAUAUUACUGUUGUUGUGUAUGGCUUCUCUUAAUCUACAUGAUUUAUUAAUAUCACAUAAAAUCAUACAGAGAGACAUUGAAUGUGUUGUUAGUUAUCUGACUGCGUUAACGUUAUACCUAUAACUACAGUUUCCAAUAUUAUUACCCUUAUUAUAUAAAUGAAUGAAAGAUUGAAUGUAAGAUUGUGUUGAAUUCUUUAUUUUAAUUGUUGUUGUCGUUGUGUUGUGUAGUUGUCCUUGUUGAUUUACUUUUCAAUUCAAUUUUUUUGUCUUGUUUAAGUUUCUCAGUUGUUUAUAAAAUAUAUAAGAGUAUAAAAAAGAGUAAAUAACUAAGCAAAGCAACAUCUUGAUUCCUAUUGAGUUAGUUAAAUGUUAAAUAUCAAUCAUUUGUUUUACUGAACUUAAUCUGAAAUUUCUUUUAUUCACAUAAUUUUUAAAAUAAUAUUAUAGAAUAUUAGAUUACUUAAUGACAAUCAUGUUUAUAUGAUUAUGAAUUUGUGGAAUAUAAAUAACAGUCGAUAUUUUUUGUGUCUGUGUACAUCAUUACAGUAUCUUGAUCAGUAUACUUUCUAUUUUUAUUAGGUUCUUAUUUUAAGUUAUAUGAAUGUGUCUUUAUGAUAUGAAUUUUAAUUUACUAAGAAGUAUGAAAAUAAUGAUUCGUAAAGAAAAUGGCUUCAAAGUAAAUCAUUUGAUGAGAUGUUCAAGGCUGAAAACAUCUUAACGUACAUAUGGAAAACGGUCUUAUGCAAUAUAUUUAUUUAACUGUAAUAUUGUUAUUUUUCCUCGAUUAAACUCAAUUGAUUAGAUUGGUACAUGCAUGCAGAUUGAUUUCUUGUGCUUAGAUCAAAUUUAUUACGUUAUCUCACUGAUAAAUAGCAAUCUGUCUGUUUGAAAAUACCAGCAUUUCUAGUCCUUAAGAACGCCUAAACUACGUUAACCUCCCAUAAAAUCGUCCUCAAGAAAUAUUAGGUGUCUAGUCGUCACUCUAAAAUGCACGGACAGUUUUUGAUUCAGCUUCUUGACUGAAGUACAGAAAGACAAAGUGAAUAAAAUACUACAUCGUGGCUCACAGUUACCAUUAUAAACUUUUGCGCACUUGGUUUCAGUUGGUAGAUUCAUAAGUUCGGUCGGGAAAUUGGUGUAAUAUUAAUUCACUGCACAUAAAUUCAGAUAGAUUUGAGUAUCGAGAGUGCACUACACAAAUUAAGCAAUAUCUUAAAAAAAAUAAGGACGAGAAGAGUUUUACAGUUAGUAAGAAAAUAAAUACUUCACGGAAGACUUCUGUCAUUUAAGGAAGCCUACCUUACUUGUGUGAAAACAGUAAUAGGAAAUUACUGUAGGAUUGCUACUGAUAACUGAACAGGAGACCCAAACAUUCAUUGAUACGGUAACAAUUAAUAAAAAAAUGUAUCAAUGCAUGACAAUUGGGAUGAAAACAUACUAUUUCUCAAUGCCUGUGAAAUCUGUUAAUGGUAGGUAAUUGGUAUCAUUUAGAAGCGAUACGAGGAAGUUAAUCAUCAAUGAUUUAAUAAUUAACAAAUGAUCUUUAAGUGAGAUUUUAAUAAAUGCAUAUAGGUAACGAUUGAGAGAGAUAAACAAAAGCCAUAUGGUUAGUGAAUGAUCAAUAUAUGACUCAGGCGAACCAAGGAAAUAAUUGAAAACUAUUCCCAAAUAGCACAGGAUACUUAUGGUCGAAUUAUUGCUUACUAAGAUGGCUUUGUGAAUCUUUCGAAGUGUUCUUAAAGAAUUUUCAUCACCAACUGACACGGAAAAGGUUUGUUGAUAUCUUAAAACCGGUUUAAAUGAGACGUGGUCGCAGUGAGGCUUGAAAGUCUAGAGUUUGAUCUUACAUGGAGUCUGGUGUGGACAACUUCUAGGUUCUGAGAGUGGACAGAAUUUUUAUCUGCGCCUUGGUUUUUAAUAGUUCCUAUGCUAAAGCCAGUUUGUUAUAAAAUAGGACUGUUUUAGGAAAUGGGAUUGCAUUCAGUGGAACCUUGGUAUUUAUUAUCUUCUGUUCAAAUGUAAAUAAGACUAGUUCGAUGAAGGACUUGUCAAAUAUGAUGAAGAAUUAACUUUCUUGUUUGUUCUUUAUUUGAGUUAACGAUUUACUGUUGAAUUUUCCCUGCUGGGUAGAACUGUUCUUAACAUUGGUUAGAAGCACGUCACAUCUGUAUUUUCAGCUAAUGUACAAAUCAGAUUUAAAUCUUGGUGAAUAAAUAAAGUUAGUCGCAGUUUAAAAUAUCCUGUUCCGAUAGCCAUUUUUUAGUAGUUUUGGAUAUAUUUUUUAAAAAGUCAGUGAUAUACCUGGAAUUAAUGUUUCAAAUAUGUUCCUAUCAACUUUUGCUUCAAUCUUCUCAAGAGCAUUGUCCUUUGUUGUUAGUGAAAGUUAUAUUAAGUAAUACAUAAUACAUAUAUAAGUAAUAUAUACUAAGUAAUAUCAAAUAGAGGGGGUAGUAGUAAUUCAAAGCUUCAAUAAAAUCAAAGUGAAUAACUAGGUUUAACCAGUUUGCGAGUAAUUGGGACAGUAUUUAUGCCUGAGUAUACUCUGACCUCGGUUAUACUUUAUUUAUUUAUUGGUUAGAGAAAGUUUACUAUGAAUGAAUAUGAACAAGUACUGAAUAGCUUUAUAGUUCUAUUCCAAAACUCAAAUUGUAAAGUACUUAAAAUGAUUUUGAAAUUCAGGUUGAUGUAUCCACAUUUCAUGUAAUUUCAAAGAAAUAGCAACUUUUUGCAUCACUGUUUUUCUUUUUAAUAUCAUUAGCCCAUUUUGUCUUGAAAUGCAUAACCUCAUGAAUUGAUAAUCGUUAAACACUGAAAGUUAGGAAGUUUAGGUCAGCUUAUUCGUUCUUGUAUAGGAUGUAUCCACGACCCAACUGAGGACCUAACUCAAGACCUUCAGGUUCCAGAACUAAUAAUUAGCCAUUAGAUCACCAGGCUGGCAAUCACUAUUCCACACGUUUAAUUUCACCCAAUAUAUCCGAUUAAAACUAUCGAGUUCAACAAUCAUCAAGAGCUCCCUUUAUUAAAUAAACAUUUGGUUGUAUUGGGUAAAAAAAAGGAGAACAUCUGAAUGAUACUUCCCACAUUUACUGACUUAAGUUUAAGUAAUCUGUUAUUGGUAGAAUAUUUACUCAAACUUUUACAUCUAACCAAAAUACGUUGAUCAAUUAGCAGAAUAAAUAAAAAUAAUAACUAAUAAUUGUAUUUAAUUAUAAUGAGAACAGGCUCUAUACUGUUGAACCAAAUCGUGAAAUUUCUAAUUGAUAAAUGUAUAAGACAAAUGACGAUUAAGUGAGUUAUUUACAUUUGAAACAAUAAUCAUUCCUUGGUGGUUUUAAAAUGAUACUGAUGGCAGGUCAGGUUUAGAUUUAGUUGACUGAAGCAAGUGAUCCACCAAAAAACUUAUAAUUCUAUAAAUAUUUUGCUUAACUCCUACUUAUGAUUUAGUAUGUUCAACACUUUUUAAAAUAUAAGAGUGUUAUUUUACUUAGAAGUCACAAAACAGUAUGAAAUAGCUGGACGUAUGCAUAUUUGGAUAUAAGGCUAUUAGAAAGAAUAGAUAGAUAGGCACAUUUGUUUAAAUCUACUGAUUAAUCAUGAUUUUGUCUUAUUACUAGAAUAGCUAAAUACAUCAACCUAGGAUAAAUAUAUCCUUAGGAACUAUGGUGUUAUGAACUGUUCAGUCAACAUGUAUGGGAG